CCCAUGGCGCAAUCCUACCACCGCAUGAUCAUCGCCUCAAACGAGGUUCCUAUCUGGUACAACGUCACCGCCGCAGCGGCAUCUUGGAUAAUGCUCGCCGGAUUCUUCACUUUUCCAGGCUCUUUUACUUCCCUCAAAACUUCACACACCCUCGAGAAUUCUCACUUGGUUCAAGCUGUAGCAAAUAUCCCUUUGCUGGCUAUUGCUAGUGUGUGCUAUGCCAUAGGAGCUAUAGGACUUUGUCUCCUGUGGUCAGAGUUCAGAACAAAUUAUGUCCCCGGUCUUCUCAAUUGCAUAAGUGGGCUGCUUGCCGUUCUCAUAAACGUGUACAGCGCCCGGGAUGGCACAUGGUCACCAACGGCGUGGGCUACACUGGGUAUUGUUCUGUUUUCGCUUACCUUUAUGAUAAGCACAUCCUGCAUCUACCGAGUUCGGCUAUUGAAGCUAUCUUAG